AUGCCGGCGAGAGGAAGUCAUAGGUUGCAUGCUGAGAGGUACGUAGUGUGCAUUGCUUCCUUGCGUCAGAGGCUCACGCCGCUCUCAGACUUCAUCCAGGUGGAGGCAACAUCUUUCGAGGCGAAGGAAGAGGAGGACAUCUCAAAACGCACGGGGCUGCCGUCCCGGUAUUUGAGAAGCAUCUUCCGUGGGCACAUGUCGCCGGCACUUUGUCCAGACCUCUUUGCUUUGAAGCAGGACCUCGAAAGCCCGGAGAUCACGCUUUACGCCUGGAUGCCAGCGUGGGAGUUCGAGUACCUGCGAUACACCGCGCAGGGUGAGGCUUUGGUGGACUACUGGGUCCAACAUGGUGACUACUCCGUGUUGCACACAGACGGAAGUGCUCAGCGCUGCUUUACGCCAGUCACUGCGCGGCCUAGGGCCGUGAAGCAGACAGCGACGAACAGGCGGCUCGAAGAGAAGUUGUACACAUCUCGCUUGACAGCCAUCUAUGCCAAGCACAUGCUCUUGAGGUUUUACAUGGACACGUAUGACAAUGUGAUCUAUGGCGGCAAGUGUGCAGGUUAUUUAUGCGGGAGUUCCGCUGUUGGAGAGGAGAAUGCGACGCGGACGUACAAUCGCGUGUCGGUUCUGAAUCCGGAGCAGCACUGGACCAAAGUGUCCCGGAAGAAAGUGAUGCUCUGCUUCUUUGCCCCGAUGGGCUUGACAGGCCAGCGCUCCUGGUCCUCUACGAGGCACAAGCUGAAGCUGAAAACAGUCUGCCGCAGUCAGAAGGAUGCAAGGGCAUCCCUGAAGCAGUCUUCAUUGGCGAUGGCGAGCAAGUGCUCUGCCCCCUCCGAGACGCCUUGUGCGAGAUUUGUGGAAGCGAAGUUCAUGGGACUCCACAAGAAGGGCUUUGUAAGACAAGGAGACUGGCAUCCUGUUACGCUAUGGCCGCCGCUGAGCUUUAGCAGCGUCUGGCAGACCGGCCGCUACUUUGCCAACUUGGUGCGGCCUUCGGUAGCGGUCAAGGUGUUCAAUGCUAGGGAGCAGGAAGCUAUGGAGGGACUGUCGAAGCGGGAGUUCUUCGAGAAAUACGGCUUCGUGCUCUUGCGACGACCUACGAAUAUGCAGGCCGAGGAUUGGACCAACUGUGCACCGAAAACGCUGGACCUCUCCAACUUCACAGGCAUGGGGAUGCCAAAGAUUGAGACUGCGAUCUCACGCAUCUAUGCCAAGGAGGUGGAGGAGAUGGUCAGGGAGCUGAUGCCGGCCGCCACCUUUGUGGAGCUGGAUCCGCUCUGUGCGCGGCGUGGCCCGGGCACAAAGAAUCCGACAUACUCUUUCGCUGUGCAUCAGGACUACGGCUACACAGCCGACGACUGGCCGCUGGCAGACAACGGCUUCAAAGCUCGCUUUGACGAGCCGAAUGUCACGGGCUUCAUGGCCGUGAACUUCUGGCGGCCUGUGCUCCCGAUGAAAGGCCCGGUCAAGAAAGCGCCACUGGCGGUUUGCGAUCCCAGAAGCGUGAAGAUGGAGGACACAGUGCCCAUCAACAUCCGCUGGGACGAGCUGGGGUAUGUGAAGAUGCUAGCUCUGGCUCAUGAUGGCGACCAGCGCUGGUACUACUAUCCGGACAUGACCGUGGACGAGGUCCUCGUCUUCAAGUCCUUCCAGUAUUUCAAGCGCCAGGAGGGCCGGCCGGAGCUGAACACCUGCUUCCACACCGCCUUCGAGGAUCCGACGGCACCGCCCAAUGCCGAACCACGGCAGAGCGCAGAGUAUCGGGUGCGGGUCUGGUUCUGA